AUGGAGUCUAUGAGGAAAAGAAUAAGAAUGGAACUGGUGUCUAGUGAUCGUCGUUUACAAAAACUGAUAAAUCAGUCAACAUUCAAACACUGUACCACAUACAAUGAAACUCUAAAUGCAGUUGCAUUAGAAAACAAAAUCAUUGAUUUUUGUAAACCUAUUUAUAUAGGUUUUGCAGUGCUGGAAAUUUCCAAGUAUUUAAUGUAUGACUAUCACUAUAACGUAAUGCAGAAACAUUAUGAUGAUAAAAUUGAGCUCAUGUAUACAGAUACAGAUUCAUUGGUGUACUAUAUUCAAACUGAUGAUUUUUACAAUGAUCUGUUGAACAAUCCAAACUUGUUGAAUCGAAUGGACACUGCAAAUCUACCCCAUGACCACCCGUGUUACAUUGCUGAGAGAAAGAAGAUACCUGGGUUAUUUUCUGAUGAAACCGAUGGACGUAUUAUGAGAGAGUUUUGUGCUCUCCGUGCAAAGUCCUACGCUUACAUUUUAGAAGAUAAUGAGAAAAUCAAAGCAAAAGGAAUCCGUGGACAUGUUGUUAGAAACCAUAUGACCUUUCAAGAUCAUAAACGGUGUUUGUUUGGUGAUACCAGUUUGGAAGUAACAACGUCAAACGUCUCUAUUCGUUCAUUCAAACACAAAUUAAAGACCAUCAAAUCCGAUAAAUUAACUUAUAACAGUUUUGAUGAUAAAAGGGUUAUACUUGAAGACAAAGUACACACCCUAGCUCAUGGACACUAUUCUAUAGUGUGAGUAUAUAAAUAUAUA